AUGGGUGUCCAGUCACUGCUUGCACUGGCCGUUGCGAUUGGCGUCACCUCGUAUCUCAAGCUCCAUGGCGCCUCAUACACUGCAAUUCUACUCGGCCUUCUAGCAUCUACAGUAGCCCAGCUAGCUAUAUCAUUGGCAUUCUCAAGUUUAAUCUACCGGUGGUCCAUAUCGCCAACGAAAAGUCUGCCCCAUCCUAGGGAUACUCCCUUUAUCUUGGGCAACUUGAUCCCAUUUCUGAGCGAGCCAUGGGGAUUUCCACUGAGUUCACAAGCCGUGACGGCGGUCAUGACCCAGCCGUAUUUGUUUCAUAAACCUGCUGCCGUUCGAGAUGGACUUGUUGAGAGCUUAGGGGUUGGCCUCGUUGCUGCUGAGGGCUCUGUCCAUAAACGACAAAAAAAACUCCUUACGCCUAUAUUUGGGAUGAGUCGUAACAGACGUCUUGUUCCUCAGAUGUGGACGAAAGCCCUUAUCCUAGCAGACAAGAUGCAAGAGCUUGUUACCAAAUUUGAUGGCAAUUCGGACAUACUUUUUAUGCAUCCCCUGACCAUGGCAGCGACUCUGGAUGUCAUUGGUGUAACCACUCUUGGUGUUGACUUCGACUCCGUGACACGGCCUGAUCAGCCCAUCUUAAAAGCAUAUCAGCGCGUCUUUCCAUCAUUUGAGAACCAAAGCGCGACCGAGAAAUUUUUCGGCGCGACUCUUCCCGCAAUAAUUUCACCGCAUCUGCUCUUCAAAUUGCCAUUGAAACCAAUCCAGGAGUUCCACCAGGGCAUGACCUUCUUACAAGAUUUCUGCUUAGCUCAAAUUAGGCAGAAAAAGCAAGAGAUUGAGGAUGAUAAAAAUGACAAUAUAGAUGUACGGGAGAAAGAUAUUCUCUCUGCUAUUAUUGCUUCUGGCCUUGAAGAUGAAAGCGAGAUUCUUAGCCACAUUUUGACAAUUCUCGCUGCCGGGCAUGAAUCUACAGCCAUAACGUUAGCGUGGGCCAUCUUCAAACUUGCGCAGCACCCCAUUGUCCAAGAUAAGCUGCGGGCCGAACUGCAAGCAGCAGCAAGAAACAUGAAAGGAAAAGAGAUGUCACUUGACGAGAUCAACUCUCUAACGUAUCUGCGAUGCUUCCUGAUGGAGGUCUUUAGACUUUAUCCAGCGUUUCCAGCAAUGAUGAGAGAAGCAGGCAACGGAACUCUGGUCGGCGAUCUCCAUAUCCCAAAGGGAAAACAAAUCAUGGUCAGUCCGUAUGCCGUCAAUCGAUCACAGGAGCUGUGGGGAGACGAUGCAGACGAGUUCAGAGUCGAACGCUGGGAGGAGUCUUAUAGUGGCGGAGCCAAGAGCUCUCAGGCCUUUUUGACAUUUUCCAGCGGCCCACGUAUCUGCAUUGGCAAAGACUUUGCCACACUGAGCCUAAAAGUAUUCUUGGCGGUUUUGGUGUCAAGGUUCCGAUUUGAAGAGGCGAUCCCCGGUUGGCACCCCAUCAUCCAAAAAGGAACGAGCCUUAAGCCUCAAGGGCUAAAGGUGAAAGUGACGCUGCUAUAA